UGGUGAAGUUAAGCUUGAUUACCGUGGUGUUACCGCCACUACUCUUGAUGAAGCUGAAUGCAAGCCUGUUCCUCCUUUUGCUCGUGUUUACUAAUUAAACACAUAAAAACCGCUUAUUCCUGUUUCAUUUUUAAUUUUUGACUGCAUACAUAAAAGCAAACACUUUACAAAAAAAAUCCCCCUUUAACGAUGACGUAUCGUCAGUCUCAGAGGAGUGUGACUAUGCUCUCUUUCACAUUAAUAAUGUUGGCAGGUUCUUCGUCACCUUAUUUAUUGAGAAAUAAAGAUGCUCGUUAAAGUCAAGACUCUGACUGGAAAAGAAAUCGAAAUUGAUAUUGAACCAAGUGAUAAAAUCUCUCGCAUAAAGGAACGUGUUGAAGAAAAGGAAGGCAUCCCUCCACAACAACAAAGACUGAUUUACAGUGGAAAGCAAAUGUCUGAUGAGAUGACAGCGAGUCAGUAUGGUAUUGAAGGAGGCUCAGUUCUUCACUUGGUAUUAGCACUUCGUGGUGGACAAUAAACGAGCUCCUUUUAUUUUUAAAGUGAAUAAAAUAUCUAUCUAAUAGCUAUGGCUGAUAACUUUGGUAAUCUACAAAUGUAUAGUUCGU